CUGACUUUGUGAUAGCGUGGCCGGCAUGUUGUACGGGCAUUUUGUUUGAAGUAUGAGAUUUAAAUAGCUCCUGUGUCGUCAACAUGUGUAAUUUGAGAGGAUAUGUACGAGUACAGAACUGAUCAAAGAAGAUUGUUUUAUUUGGUAAUGAUAGAUUUGCCGCUUUAAUUGGUUAUAAACAUGGGGAAGUAUCUACCAGCUAAUCCAGACAAGAUUAUGAGUAUAUGCCGAUACAAUGGGAGGUAGUCCUUCAAAGAGUACAUAUAAAACACAGCCAGGAGGAUGGGUAACUACGAGGACUCCUGAGAAAAACCAGGAGCCUUCCUCAGAGACCCAGGGCACAAAGGAAACGGCAGCACUUCCUCCUCGCAAUGUCAAAAAUAAGAAACGUUCGCUGUACACACUGGAGCCUGGCUAUCCCACCCCAGUACCACCUCCCAAUAAUCUUCCCGGUAUCCUCGGUAUUACGGACUUCACAGUUCCAAACUUAAUCGCCAAAGAGGUUACAGCAGACUCAUGUAGUACCAUGGAGGAGCUGGUGGACGAAUUGACCGGUAAUUUUAAUAUGGAUAUCCUAAAGGUUAGGGCCAUAUUUAUGUGGGUGGGCACUCAACCCUUCACCGUCCAGCAGUACCCGGAUGACGCCGACCCAGAAUCACCAACGGGUUACCUCCGGCGAAUGGCCCUUGGCAAAAUGUCCUACGCCGAGAUAUUCACCGUAAUGUGUCGACUGGCCAAGGUACCGUGUGUGAUGAUACCCGGGGUAGCCAAGUCCUCUGCGUAUGAAGUCGGCGACGAUAACGUAGACAAGUUAAGGAAUGUGUGGAAUGCAGUGUAUGUGGCGGGCGGCUGGAGGAUAGUGUUCUUAUUGUGGGCGUUCCGGUCCAUUGCCGGCAAGAGUACCGGCAUAGCUCCUCUAGCUGAUCCAACAAGUGAAGAUUACAAACAACAGGAGAAGAUACUGAAGGAGAGGAUAAUAUCGACCGUGAAGGAGUACUAUUUCCUCACCAGUCCCGAGGAAUUCAUCUACAGAUGUCUACCAGAUGAGGAAAAAUGGCAGAUGUCUUCUAAGAAAUUCACAAAGGCAAAGUUUAUAAAAAUUCCUUACUGUCGUCCGAAAUUCUUUGAACUGAACAUGCAGUUGUCGAGUGCCCCCGAAGGUGUGCUAACAACGGAAAAUGGUGUGAGCGAUGUUGUGUUAAAGUAUGGUACCGGUCCCAUAACGCUGGUUCAUGACCUUCUCUAUAACGAACGCCAGUCUAAACAGAAACUGCCUCCUGGUGUUCAAUUACCCAGAUACUGUGUUAUCAUCAAUGAAGGAGAUAAAGUGCGUUUUAGCAUGCGCUUUCCCAUUCAAAGGUGUGUACAAACUUCAAAUUCUUGACGAGAAGUACGAAUGGUUAUGUUCUUUCAAGAUCAUAUGUAAAUCUGCCAAGCAGCUUUGCG